AACACCGGCAGAGGAAGCGCUCCUAAACCAAUCACAUCUGUGUUUACACCGUCACCUGUCAAACGCACACCCUCGCGCUACAUUUCUCUCUGAAAGGAGCUGAAACACACACUCACACUGAAGCGCCUACGGUAGCCGCUAACUGGACGGACUCUCUGGACAUCGACCCUUUGCAGUGAAUAAGUGGAAUAAGUCUUGAACCAUGAGCUCAGUGGCAGUGUUGACCCCGGAGAGCUUUGAGGAGCAUCGCAGUGGUCUCAAAGACCAGGAGAUUACUGGUUGCGUGCCAGAGGAUGAGGCCUACAUUCCCACCUAUUUGGAGGCCUUCCCUCCGCUGCCGGAGAAGGGGGCACCAGGGGAGAAGAGCGGGGAGCCGGUUUCGGCUUGGGGGAGUAAGAUCAGGCCCAUUAAAGCCUCAGUCAUCACCCAGGUGUUCCAUGUGCCCCUGGAGGAACGCCGCUACAAGGACAACAGCCAGUUUGGUGAGGGAGAGGAGGCCAAAGUGUGUCUGGACAUCAUGCAGAGAACUGGGGCACACAUUGAGCUGUCCCUGGCCAAGGACCAGGGCCUGUCCAUCAUGGUUACUGGCAAACUGGACUCGGUUAUGAAGGCUCGCAAGGAAAUCGUAGCGCGUCUGCAGACGCAGGCGUCUGCUACGGUCGCCAUCCCCAAAGAGCAUCAUCGUUUUGUCAUCGGUAAGAACGGUGAGAAGCUGCAGGAGCUGGAGCUGAAGACCGCCACCAAGAUCGCUAUUCCACGACCCGACGACCCUAGCGCCAACAUCCGUAUCACUGGUACCAAGGAGGGCAUCGAGAAGGCCCGCCACGAAAUCCUUCUGAUCUCAGCCGAGCAGGACAAGCGUGCGGUGGAGCGUCUCUCCCUGGAGAAGGCCUUCCAUCCCUUCAUUGCUGGAGCUCACAACCGUCUGGUGCAGGAGCUAAGCCAGGAGACGGGUGCUCGCAUCAGCAUCCCACCGCCCAGCCUGCCAAAGGAUGAGAUCGUCAUCACUGGGGAGAAGGAAGCCGUCGCUCUGGCUGUCAGCCGGAUCCGAGCAAUCUACGAGGACAAGAAGAGGAAGACUACCACCAUCUCGGUGGAGGUGAAGAAGUCUCAGCACAAGUAUAUCAUCGGACCCAAAGGCAACACUCUGCAGGAGAUCUUGGAGGCCACUGGGGUGUCGGUGGAGAUGCCUCCGCUGGACUCUGCCUCGGAAACCAUCAUCCUCAGGGGGGAGCCCGACAAACUGGGCCCUGCACUCACACAGGUGUAUGCCAAGGCUAAGAGUGUGAUGGUGGUAGAGGCCAGCGCUCCAGCCUGGCUUCAUCGCUUCAUCAUCGGCAAGAAAGGGCAGAACAUCGGGCGGAUCACGCAGCAGCUGCCCCGGGUUCACAUAGAGUUUACAGACGGUGAGGAGCGCAUCAGUCUGGAGGGACCAACAGAGGAGGUGGAGCAGGCUCAGGCCCAGAUUCAGGAGAUAAUCAAGGACCUGAUUGAGAACAGCUUCUCCAUCUCCGUUCCCAUCUUUAAGCAGUUCCACAAGAACAUCAUUGGAAAGGGCGGCGCUAACAUCAAGAAGAUCCGCGAGGAGACCAACACUAAGAUCGACCUGCCGACAGAGAACAGCAACUCUGAGAUGAUCGUCAUCACGGGGAAAAAGAGCAACUGUGAAGCUGCCAGAGAUCGGAUCCUCGCCAUCCAGAGAGAGCUGGCGAACAUCAAAGAGAUGGAGGUCGCCAUCCCAGCCAAGCUGCACAACUCUCUGAUUGGCUCCAAAGGCUGCCUGGUGCGAUCCAUUAUGGAGGAUUGUGGCGGCGUCCACAUCCAUUUCCCCUCUGAGGGCUCUGGCUCUGAUAAGGUCACCAUCAGAGGGCCUGUGGGCGAGGUGGAGAAGGCCAAAAGGCAGCUGCUGCAGCUGGCUGAGGAGAAGCAAGUCAACAACUUCACCGCUGAGCUGCAGGCCAAACCAGAGUAUCACAAGUUCCUAAUCGGACGAGGCGGGGCCAACAUUCGCAGAGUCCGGGACAGAACGGGAGCCCGGAUCAUCUUCCCAUCGCCCGAUGACACGGAGCAGGAGCUGAUCACCAUCGUGGGGAAGGAGGAGGCCGUCCAUCAGGCCCAGAGGGAGCUGGAGAGUCUGGUCAAGAACCUGGACGACGUGGUGGAGGACUGCAUGGAGGUCGAUGUGCGCCACCACCGUCACUUUGUGUGUCGGAGAGGUCAGGUGCUGCGCGAGCUGGCGGAGGAAUAUGGCGGCAUGGCGGUGAGCUUCCCCCGCACCGGAUCAAACAGCCAGAAGGUCACUCUGAAGGGAGCGAAGGACUGUGUGGAGGCGGCGAAGAAACGCAUCCAGGAGAUCAUCGAGGACCUGGAGUCCCAGGUGAGCGUGGAAGUCGCCAUCCCUCAGCGCUACCAUAGAGCCAUCAUGGGACCCAAAGGCUGCCGCAUCCAGCACAUCACCAGGGAGCACGAGGUCCAAAUCAAGUUCCCUGAGAGAGACGACAACGCCGCAGGUCAGGAGGCCUCGCCGCAGGAGAAUGGUGAGGUCAUUCCAGAUGCUGAGUUCGUCCCUCGCAAAUGUGACAUCAUCAUCAUUUCUGGACGGGCGGAGAGGUGUGAGCCGGCUAAAGCUGCUCUGCUGGCGUUGGUGCCCAUAACGGAGGACGUUGAAGUGUCCUACGAUCUUCACCGCUACAUCAUCGGUCAGAAGGGCAGCGGAAUCAGGAAGAUGAUGGAGGAGUACGAGGUGAACAUCUGGGUGCCACAGCCUGACAAACAGCUGAAUGUGAUCAAGGUGACGGGACUUGCAGCCAACGUGGAGCGAGCCAAACUGGGUCUGCUGGAGAGGGUCAGAGAGCUGCAGGCCGAGCAGGAGGACAGGGCCCUGCGUAGCUUCAAGGUCACCAUGUCUGUAGAUCCAAAGUUUCAUCCUAAGAUCAUUGGCCGAAAAGGGGCGGUGAUCUCCCAGAUCAGGAAGGACCACAACGUCAUCAUCCAGUUCCCCGAUAAAGGGGACGAGCAGCAGGACCUGAUCGUGAUCUCUGGGUACGAGCGGAAUGUGGAAGAGGCCCGGGAGGCCAUCCAGCAGCUGGUGGCUGAGUUACAGGAGAUGGUGAGCCAGGACGUUCACCUUGACUCCAGGACUCACGCCCGCAUCAUCGGCGCUCGCGGCAAAGCCAUCCGCAAGCUGAUGGAGGAGUUCAAGGUGGACAUCCGGUUCCCUCAGCCGGGCUCUGACGAGCCGGACAAAGUGACAGUAAUGGGCCUCCCUGAUACCGUCGAUGCCGCCAUCGAUCAUCUGCUCAACCUGGAGGAAGAAUACUUGCUCAGUGUGACAGAAACAGAGACUCUGGCAGCAUACAUGAAGCCUCCGUCUCGUUACGGAGGAGGAGGAGGGGGAGCAGGAGGAGUGGAUGAUAACAGCGGGGGUCCAGCUAAAGGCUUCGUGGUGCGGGACGCCCCCUGGAACGCUGCAGGGAACAAGGCGCCUGACAUGAGCAGUGCAGAAGACUUCCCCACCUUUGGGACCGGCGUGGCCCCGAAACAAACCUCCGCCUGGGGCCCCAAGAAGUUCUGAAGCUGCUCACGUGGAGAAACAACUUGUGUAUAUUAGACGACGAGAGACGAAAUAAUUCUCCAGUCAAACUGCUGCUCGCCUUCCUCCUCGUCCCCGUCGUCUCUUUUGUGUCCAGUUUGCCUGAUGUUGUCCCACAACCAGCCACAGGGAAUUCUGGGAGAGUAAUUCCUUUAUUUUUUUAAUCCUAAUUUGUCUCUCUUUCUGUAGUUUGUCCCACUUCCUUUCACGUCCUCAGAGACAGGGAGGACGUGUUGUAGUUUUGCUGUCCCGUUACUCCUCUGUCAGCGUCCCUGAAACAUUUCAGAAAGUUUUAUUUUUCGCCGAUCGUCUGAUUCUCUCCUACACACGAAAUGUUUCAGUCGCUCUGAUCUAGCAGAGUCUGUGCAGGAUUAAUCCUGAAAUUAUAAGCUUGAAAAAUGAAGGGGGUGGAGUCAGAAUAAUUUGUAAAUUCACAGCUUCUUUGUUAUGAUUUGAUUGGCUCACCUGUCCGGUCAGUGCUGUGUGUGUUCGUGUGCGUCGGCGGGAGGUUUGUAGAUGACUUUUUUAAAAGCUUUUAUUCUUAUUUAUUUUCAAACUAGGAGCAAAAACGGCUGCUUUAAUAGACUUUAUUUUGAAACCACAAUGACUCCAAAAUAAUGUGAAGCUCUGAUUAUUAUGGUUGUUUUUUUAUGUUUAUUUAUUGAAAAAUAAGCCAUUUUCUUUGAACUACUGUGAUCAUCUGUUUUUAUAAAAGCACUCACUGUAGCUUGCAACCUUGUUUUUUGUGUUUGAGACAGAAUGGUGCGCGCCACAAGGUGGGAAAAUUGUUAAGUUCUUGUGUUUAAGCGUCAAAAAAGGACUUUUUGCUAUUUUUUAAAACUGUGUGAGACCUCUUGUUGUUGUUGGGUUCUGACAUAUUUGAAGGUGUGUGUGUGUGAGAAAGUUGAGAUGUAAAUUUGAAUGACUAUCUGUUUGUCUCUUUUUCUGGAAGCUAUCCUCAUUUAAAGGUUUUUAACUUGC